AUGAUCGUCAACCCGGCGUUCGAUUCGCAGACCAAGGAGACGUUGAACACCCGCGCGAGCGAGUUUGGCUCCACAUGCAAGCUACCGGACAGUUUCCUCCAGAAAGUCGCAAAAUCGGGUGUGAUUGACAGCAUCCUUUCCUUCGCAACCUUCAAGGCGAACAAGGAUAUGAAGAAGAGCGAUGGAAGCAAGAAGCAGCGGCUCACGGGAAUUUCGAAGCUGGACGACGCGAACGAUGCAGGUGGACGCAACUCCGAGCAGUGCACCUUGAUUCUUACGGAGGGAGACUCUGCAAAGGCUCUUGCGGUGAGCGGUCUAAGUGUUGUCGGUCGUGACAAGUAUGGAGUAUUCCCGCUGCGUGGGAAGCUACUGAACGUCAGGGAUGCCCCUGCCAAGCAGUUGACAGAGAACGCAGAGAUCACCAACAUCAAGCAAAUCAUGGGGCUUCAGCAGGGAAAGCACUACGACAGCACCAAAUCCCUGCGAUACGGCCAUCUGAUGAUCAUGACAGAUCAGGACCACGACGGAUCUCAUAUCAAGGGCCUCCUCAUCAACUUCCUCCACGCCUUUUGGCCGUCACUCCUGAAGCAGCCCAACUUCCUUCUGGAGUUCAUCACGCCCAUCGUCAAGGCUACUGGGCCCCGUGGAAAGGUCAUUUCCUUCUACACGAUACCCGAGUACGAGUCAUGGAAAGAAUCGCUUGGAGGAAGUACCAAAGGAUGGUCCAUCAAGUACUAUAAGGGUCUGGGAACAAGCACACCGAAGGAAGCCAAGGAGUACUUUGCAGCCCUUGAUCAGCACCGGAAGAGCUUUGAGUGGACGGGAGAAGAGGAUGGCGAAAGCAUUGAGAUGGCGUUUAGCAAAAAGAAGGUGGAGGACAGGAAGACGUGGCUGCGAAAUGUGGAGCCUGGGACUUUCCUAGAUCAAAGUGCCAAGACGAUCAGCUACAGCGACUUUGUCAACAAGGAGCUGGUCCUGUUCUCCAUUGCGGACAACCUGAGAUCCAUUCCAUCUGUCAUGGAUGGCCUCAAGCCUGGCCAGAGAAAGAUCCUCUUCAGUUGCUUUAAGAGGAAGCUGAAGAGUGACGUGAAGGUCGCACAACUGGCUGGUUACAUCUCCGAGCACUCUGCAUACCACCAUGGUGAAAUGAGCUUGAUGACCACCAUCAUUGGUCUCGCCCAGGAUUUUGUGGGUAGCAACAACAUCAACCUUCUGGUGCCCAGUGGCCAGUUCGGCACUCGCCUUCAGGGAGGGAAAGAUGCUGCCAGCCCUCGUUACAUCUACACCAGGCUGCACAAACUCACGCGGAUUCUUUUCUCUGAGGUGGACGAUGCCCUUCUGGACUUCCUGAACGAGGACGGACAGAAAAUUGAGCCAACAUGGUACCUGCCAAUCCUCCCCUUGGUCCUCGUCAAUGGAAGUGAAGGGAUUGGAACUGGAUGGAGCUCCUACGUGCCAACGUUCAACCCACGCGACAUCGUUGACAACCUCAAGCGCCUGAUGAAGGGAGAGGAGAUGGAGCCGUUGCACCCCUGGUUCCGUGGUUUCAAGGGGACUGUGGAACACAACAGCAACAAAGACGGUCGGAACUACAUCGUGACUGGAACCAUCAACAAGGUCAGCGACACCGUUCUGGAGAUCACGGAGCUGCCCAUCCGAACCUGGACGCAGAACUACAAGGAGUUCCUGGAGGGGAUGAUGGUGGUAAACGACAAAAACAAGGAGCCAUUCAUCAAGGACAUGCGGGAGCAUCACACUGACACCACUGUGCAUUUUGAGGUGCACUUGUCGCCCGAGGGAAUGGCGACUGCAGAGGCUGAAGGACUGAUCAAGCGCUUCAAGCUGACGGCAUCAGUAGCAACCAGCAACAUGCACCUCUUUGACAAGGAUGGAAGGAUGAGGAAGUACGAGACUCCGGAAGAAAUCAUUGAGGAGUUUUAUCACAUGCGGCUGGAGUACUACAGGAAGAGGAAGGAUAUUCAACUGGAGCAACUUCGAAAUGAGCUCAUCAAGCUGGACAACAGAGUGAGGUUCAUCCUUGCAGUUGUGCGUGGAGAGAUCAUCGUCAGCAACAGGAAGAAGGCGGAGCUUCUGGCUGAGCUGAAGGAGAAGAAGUUCGCACCCUUGCCGAAAGGCAAGGUCGGCUCGAGCGGUGGUUCAUCCACGGCCGCAGAUGAGGAGGGUGACGAUGAGGGGGAGGACUCGGGUGAAGAGGAAGGGGGCUCGAAGGCUAAGAAGGGGGGCGAUGGUGGCUAUGACUAUCUCCUUGGCAUGCCACUGUGGAGUUUAACCCUGGAGAGGGUUCAAGAGCUGCUGAGGGAUCAGAAGAAGAACCAAGACGACCACGAUGCUUUGUUGAAGACGGAGCCCAAGGACCUCUGGGAAAGCGAUCUGGACUUGUUCCUUGCGGAGCUUGAGGUUGCGGAGGAGGAGGCGGCUCAGGAGAAGGCCAAGGAGGUGGCAGGCAAGCCUGGCAAGGGGAAGGGUCGUGUUGCCAAGGCUGCGGCCGCGAAGCCGAAAAAGGCACAGAAGAAGGCUCAGGUCUUCAGUGAUGAGGAGAUGGAUUUCAUCUCAGACUCAGAUGAUGACUUCAUGGAAGAUGCCAAGGUGAGGCGAGGAAAGGGAGCUGCAGCUGCUGCAGCAAAGCCAACAGCAGUGGCUGCUACAACAAAACCACAGGCAUCUGUGCCUCUUGUUCAGGCACCAAAACCAGAGGUGGUCAAACCUGCUCCCAAGGCGAAACCUGCUCCCAAGCCAAAAGCACCAGCUGGAUCUGAUUAUGACAGCGAUGAGGACUUCGGAGGAAGCCUCAAGGAGAGGCUUGCAGCCAUGGCAGCUAAGAUGUCACUGCAAGAAAAACCUUCAGGGGGAGAGUCCACGGCAGAAGUGAAGCCCGCAGCUUCCAAGAAAGAACCUGCCAAGAAGGCCGCCACAAAACGACCUGCCACCAAGAAAAUCGAGGAGAAGGUGGAGGAACCAGCUCUUGGUGAUCAGUUUGAGUUCUUCGACGAGUUAGACAUUAAGUCUCCCAUGAAGGAGCCUGUGAGCAAGGUGCAAAGAAUGCGCCCAUCCCCUUUUAGCAAGAAGAGUGGUCUGCCAGCAGCAGAAGGUCGCACUCAUCUCUCACGUGGGGCUCAAAAGAAGCCGGCUGUGGUGCUCAGUGAUGACAGCGACGAGAGUGAGGAGAGCGAGGAUGACUUCCAGGACUUCAGCGAGGAGGAGUACUAG